AUGGCGCAAGGUGAGGCCGCGCAUGUGCCAAUGGCGGAAGCGGAGGGGGAAAGACUCGCGGAACCGCGGCUGGAUUGGGAAGAAGGGGAGGGAGCGGAGGAGGAGGCGGAGGAGAAGGGGAAGGGGGAGAUGGAGGUGAGGCGGAAGGACAGACACCGGAAGGUGGACGGGCGCGGACGGCGCAUCCGCAUGCCCGCGGCGUGCGCCGCGAAGAUCUUCCGCCUGACGCGGGCUCUCGGCCAUCGGUCGGACGGCGAGACGAUUCAGGUAUUAAAGCCCGCUGCGGGGCCAUCGGUAAUAGCCGUCAUCUUCCCACCACCCGACCUCCGCUUCCCCGCCACCCCAUCUCCCCUGCUCGCCGACCGAUCUCCCGUGCAACCCGCCCGAGUUCCCGUUCCCGCGGCCCGAUCUCCCAUUUCUGCCGCCCAAUAUCCCCUUCUCGCCUCCUCUCGCCUCCCCGCGCGUGCUCCUCUCGCCUCUCAGCGCGUGCUCCUCUCCCCUCCCAGCGCGUGCUCCUCUCCCCUCCGCGUGCGUGCUCCUCUCCCCUCCGCGUGCGUGCUCCUCUCCCCUCCGCGUGCGUGCUCCUCUCGCCUCCCCGCGCGUGCUCCUCUCCCCUCCCCGUGCGUGCUCCUCUCGUCUCUCCGCGCGUGCUCCUCUCCCCUCCCCGCGCGUGCUCCUCUCCCCUCCGCGUGCGUGCUCCUCUCCCCUCCGCGUGCGUGCUCCUCUCCCCUCCGCGUGCGUGCUCCUCUCGCCUCCCCGCGCGUGCUCCUCUCCCCUCCCCGUGCGUGCUCCUCUCGCCUCCUCGCGCGGCAUCCCCCCUGCACGCCCUCAUUUCCCCCCCUGCACGCCCUCAUUUCCCCCCCUGCACGCCCUCAUUUCCCCCCCUGCACGCCCUCAUUUCCCCCCCUGCACGCCCUCAUUUCCCCCCCUGCACGCCCUCAUUUCCCCCCCUGCACGCCCUCAUUUCCCCCCCUGCAGGCUCUCAUUACCCCCCUUUUAUGCACCCGUUUCCCCUCUGCUCACUCUCUUUCACCCCUCACUCACGCGUUUUCCCCUCUGCUCACUCUCUUUCCCCCACACUCACCCUUUCUCCCCUCUGCCCACUCUGUUUCCCCCGUCACUCACCUUCUUACCGAAUUCUCACUUUUCAUUCACCCCUUUUUCCAAUCCCGCUUCCCCUUUUCCAUCUCUCCUUCAUGCCUCCCACCACCUCUCCCUGCCUUCCUUGCUUCUCUCCUUAUCUCCUUCAUGCCUCCCACCAUCUCGUUUUCCUUCUCAUCUCUUGUGGGCCACAUCACAAGGCCCGUCUGCCCUCUCACACUCUUCCUGCCAUUCUCACUCUCGCAAUCCUCACCGCCGUCCCUUCCUUCCUGUAACCAAUCUCCCCUCCCCCCUUUUCCCUUCCUUCCCUCCACUUCCUCCCCUUCCCUUCCUUCUCUCCCCAUCAUUCCCUCCCCUUCCUCCCCUCCCCUUCAUCCCCAUCCCUGCCCUUUCCUCCCUGCCCUUCCCUUCUCGACCCCGCCCUUCUACGUCACUCCUCGCCUUCUGCCCUCCAGUUCAUGUGCAUGUGCUGCCAUCACUUUUGCCCCAUACAUGCAUCUUAUUAACUCAUGUUUACUCGCUUGUAUUCCCUUUUCACCCUCCGUCCCUUCAAAUCUCCCCUCACUUACUACCCAUCUCCCUGCCUUUCCAUCACACAUCCCUGCCUUCUCAUGGAUUUGA